GGAACAGUUGGCGCUAAGCUUGCCGGGCAGGCGGGAGGUUCCACGAUGGCGCUGUCCGCCGCGGACAGGGAGGCACUGUGCGCGCUGUGGAGAAAGCUGGGUAACAACGUGGGCAUCUACGCGACGGAGGCCCUGGAGAGGACCUUCCUGGCCUUCCCCUCCACCAGGACCUACUUCCUCCACCUGGACCUGAGACCCGGCUCCGCCCAGGUCAAAGCCCACGGCCAGAAGGUGGCCAAAGCGCUGACUCUGGCCGUGGACCACCUGGACGACCUGCCCGGCGCCCUGUCGGCUUUGAGCGACCUGCACACGCACAGGCUGCAAGUGGACCCCGUCAACUUCAAGCUCCUGGGCCACUGCCUGCUGGUGACCCUCGCCCGGUACUACCCCGGAGACUUCAGCCCCUCUCUGCAGGCCUCGCUGGACAAAUUUCUGAGCCAAGUGACUUUGGCCCUGACCUCCAACUAUCACUAAACUAGGGGUGGAUGAUCGCAGGACCGCCCGCCCCGACCCCCCAGCCUUCCCUCCCUGCAUCGUUCUAGUGUCUGAGUAAAGCCCCCAAA